AUGGCAGGACAGACAUCUCCUUCAGACUGUUACCAUCUCAUUGACCACAGCCACAUCUCUGAGUUUGAGGUGUCUCCUGGGAUCAAGAUCACUUUGGCCUCAGCGUAUGUCUGCAUCUUUGUUGCGGGCAUCUUGGGCAACAGCAUCACCAUCAAGGCCACCAGGAUCCUGCAAAAGAAAGGCUACCUGCAGAAGGAGGUCACAGACCACAUGGUGAGCUUGGCCUGCUCUGACCUGCUGGUCAUCCUGCUGGGCAUGCCUAUGGAGUUCUUCAGUGCCAUCUGGAGCCCCUUUUCAACCCCCAGCGGCAACAUUGCUUGCAAGCUCUACUACUUCCUCUUUGAAGCCUGCAGUUAUGCCACUGUGCUACAUGUCGCCACCCUCAGCUUUGAGAGGUACGUGGCCAUCUGCCACCCCUUCAAGUUCAAGGCUGUCUCUGGAUCCCGCACGGUGAAGCUGCUCAUCGCCUUUGUCUGGGGGACAUCUGUCAUAGUGGCUCUGCCCCUGCUCUUUGCCAUGGGCACAGAAUAUCCCCUGGAAACCAUCGAGGGAUACCAAGGUAUGACUGCCUGCAUCAAGCCUACACCCAGGCACCACCUCCCUGAGCUGAAGCACAAUAUGACCAUCUGUACCAGCCUCUCCUCCAAGUGGUCUGUCUUUCAGGCCAGCAUCUUCAGUGCCUUUGCUGUGUAUAUCAUAGUGCUGGGAUCUGUCACCUUCAUGUGCCGCAGCAUGAUGAAAACCCUGAUGAUCCACAAGGAAGGAACUGUGGCAGUGAAGGGUGGACUAAGACACCAGGAGCAGUACCUAAGAAAAAGUGAGAGCUCAGAGGGCAAGAGCUCCAGGAGACAGAUCAUUUUAUUCCUGGGACUGAUUGUUGCAACUCUGGCAAUAUGCUGGAUGCCAAACCAGGUUAGAAGGAUCAUGGCUGCUGCUAAACCAAAGCAGGACUGGACUGUCCCCUACUUCAGAGCGUACAUCACUCUUCUUCCCAUCGCCAACACCUUCUUCUACCUCAGCUCGGUGGUGAACCCCCUCCUGUACAACAUCUCUUCUCAGCAGUUCCGCAGCGUGUUUCUGCAGGUCCUCCGCUGCCACCUGACAAUUGAGCAUGCCAACAAGGAGAAGUUUCUCAGAGCCAACCUGAGCUCCAGAGCAAGGAGCAGCCGGUCUCUACGCCCACUGCUCUUCAUUUCGUCUAGGCGCAAUUCUUCUACAAGGGGCAAUAACAGAGUUUUCUUAAGUACUUUUCAGAAUGAGACCAAGCCUGACUGCAGUCCACAGAAACCAGGUCUUGAACCAUCGGAGCCCAGCUUGGAAGUAAUGCCGCUAGAAACUAGCUCAGAGCCCAGUCCAGGCGCACAAAACGGCCUUUGUGAACAUCGAGUAUGA